AUGCCUACUCCAGGUAGCCAACAGUCCUCAUGUGUAGUGUGCGAAGUCGGCCCCACACCCACUCCAAGAAACGGCGUCCCUACAUGCCGAUCAUGCCGGGAGUUUUUCCGGAGACACAGCCUUGCCAACCAACCAGCCGCGCCUUGCUCACGCAGUGGUAACUGCCGUGUCAUACGCAAUAGUCGCAACUCUUGCGUAUCAUGUCGUCUGAGGCGCUGUAUCGACGCAGGCUUGCGCAUCGACAACCCUGGGUCCUCAAGUCAAGAUGCCGACGACGACGAGGUUUGCGCCGCCUGCAACCAGAUCAAUCGUGCCAAGCACACAAUUGUGCGCAGUAUGCAGUCGCGCCUCACAUUUGACCUGCGGGUAUCACCCGACGCCAGGCUGAACAGCUGCCCACCUGGCACUGCGACGGUUGCCUGCGUUCCGCUGCCUUAG